CAACAUAUGGUAGAAGCACUAGUUAGGCUGUGUUAUAACGUGUCAUUAGAGUUACACAUGUGCAGAUACAUGGAAAAAAUUAUGUUAUGGUAUGAUUGGACGAGUUGGUAACCCACAAACACACUGACCUCGGGCUCUACCAUUUGUACUGCAGAAGUUUGGGUCCACGACAUGCUUGAUAUUUAAAUGAGACAAUAUAUUCAGCGUUUACCGUUUAACAGGCUACCGAUUUUCUUUUAAAAGAGAUAGAUAGGGCAUAGAGUAAGAAAGCGAAUCAUCAGCAAAUUAAAAUGUGAGAUGGUAACACUGAUGUUGAUGACAGUGCCUUUUACAUGGUAUAAAAGGCUUUCUGCAGACAUACCAUGAAGUGACACUCAAGUUUUGACGACCAACACUAGAGCAUUUUCGUUUCAAAGCCAAGGAGACAAAAUGGCCGCCAUCGUAACAGGGCUCAUCCCAAUCCUCCGUACAGCGGUGGACACCACAACCGCCUACAAGUGCCGCUCCCUGUGGUUCGGCUUCCUCUGCAUCCGCCUGGUGGUCCUGUUUGUGGCCGAGAUGCCUUGGUACAAGCUGGACUCUGACUUCAGCUGCAACGCCACCCAGGACAUCUGCACCCGAGCCUGCUUCAACCAACACUUCAACAAGCCUGUGGUGAUGGCCUGGAACUUUCUCUUUGUCCUCCUCAUCCUAUCGGUCCUCCUCAUGGAGCUAUUUGCCUCCCACCUCCGUUCCACUGCCCAGAAGAGGAGCUCCCGGCAGGUGAAGACCGCCGUGGAGUUGGAGGACGCGGGGAAGACUGUGAGUGCGGCUGAAUCCGAACGCCCGGUGAAAUUGGUGAUCGACCUGCACAAAGACAGGGGCACUAUGGGAUUCUACCUGCUGAGCACCAUGUUGCGUAUCAUGGUGGAGGUAUGGUUCAUCUGCGUGCUUCUGUCCUGGAACCUACCUAAGAUAAAUGAAGGACCGUUCGAGUGUAAGAGCGCGAUCUGUGCAGAUGUACACGUUUGCGUGGUCAGGGCGGCGGCUGAAAAACGCAUGUCAAUCUACGCUUUAGCCAGUGUCUCAGGCAUGGUUGUCUUCACGUCGCUCUUGUUCUGUUUGUACUCUGUUUACCACUACCUCUGUGGUUGUUGAGCCUGCUUGGACCCGAAUGUAUCAGUUGGUACAACAUUGUGCUUGCAACCCCAGGUUUUCAGGAUCCCACAGGGGGGCUAGUAUGAAAAUAUGCAGUCGUUGCUGUACGUUACUCUGGAUAAGUGCUUAACAAAAACAAAUGUAAUUGUAACCAUGUAACAUGUUUGCGUAGCAUUGGUUUUCUUUUUCAUGUAAUUGGUAUUUUUAUCAGGAUCCCUGCUGGCCCCUGAUUAGGCAGCAUCUCUUCUCUGUCUGCGUCCAAAACUGUCUAAUUUCAGUGCCAGCUUAAAAGGCUAGGAGUGCCAAGUAAUAUGGCGUGGUAUCCUAAAUGCUCAAUGUCUGUGGCAGUUUUACUGUGCUAACUACACAUAUGGGUGUUGAAACCUGUAUUCGAUGGUGUGUCUGAGUCAGGCAUUUCAAGUGUUUUCUGGCCAAAGUGAAAAGACUUGCUAAG